ACGGUAGGGUAAGCUGAGGCUCGGCUGGUCUGCAACUGCGCCGCUGCUUGCAAGAAGCAAGAAUGAAGGCUGCCGUGUUCCUGUGCUUCGCUGUCGCCGUGGCUGCAGCAGCGGCCAUGCCUCCGCCGGGCCCGGGUUCCUUCGCGGGUUCCUUCCUGCCUUCGUCGGGAGUCCUGCAGUCCUUCGUCCCGACGCCCCAGCAGAUCCAGGCCCUGCAGGCGAUCCCUCCAGCCCCCGCCCCUGCCCCUGGGACUGCGGCAAAACCUCCACCUCCUUCCGCCGUGUCAGACAUCAUUAAGAAGUACCAAGGCACCGCCGCGGCUUUCAUGCCAGCUGCUCCCUGAUCCACUGCCCACAGGUCACCUUUCCAGCUGUUGCCGAAGUUUUAAAGGAGAUACAUUUAUAUAUGUAUAUGUUUUCGUGAGAUGUGAUUUGGACAUUGGAAGGCAGCUUUGGUUUCACUCAAUGAUGACUGAAAUAAGCGCUUUUCUGCUUUCUUAUAAUCAGCUGUUGUUCUAGGGCUGCUGUUAUCAUCGGCUGUUGGUAUUAUGAGACUUUGUUAUACAGCCUUUAUUAUACAGCUGUUAUCAUCAUUAACUUUUGCCAUUACCGGUUGUCGAUGUUAUCAAUUGUUACCAACGAAAUCCCAAGUCUGCUUUAGAAUAAAUAAACGUUUUCUGAAGCUGAAUGUAUUUUACAUCACAUGUAAACGCAUGUUGUUUACCACACCAAUGAUAAAUGUUGAAGCACAUAUAUAUGUAUAUUCA